UCAGAGAUAGAUGGUCGCUUAAUGAAUGCUAAAUGUUGUGGUUUUGAAAUCUUAUAGAAUAGAAGCUGUACAGACAAGCGCCUGUCGUAGGGGUCGACGAAUGACUACAGGUUGCAGGGUGUGUGCUAGAUUGAAGAAGAGCUCAAAGCUGAGAUACUUAAUUUCCUUACUAUUGGUAGGAGUGUUAGUAGGUAGCACCAAUAGGUGUUUCGGGAUAAAGGUACCUCUCUUGCUAAAAGCAGCACUUGAAGAAUUAUAUUUAUAAUGGCCAAAAAGAAGAGCCUGAAGAAGAAUAAAAGGCAAAAGUCGACCAUAAUGGAAGUUCCAACUAUCAUGCCAGACGUGGAUAAUCUUCCUCACAUGCCGACCAACAUGGAUCAAUUGGUACCUUCAGUAAAACGCGAGGAACCUGACCUGACUUUGGAAUUCGACGACUGUGGAUUUACGGCAACACCCGAUCUGGAGUAUAUUACCGAUGAUGAUGUCGUCGUACCUAGUUCACCUCCGCCCAUCAAGCACCAUCACGAUGGAUCGGGUGAUUCGAUCCUCCAAAACCGAUUCAUUAUCAAGGAAGCAAUUGUUCCACCACGAUAUAAUAAUGAAGUCGCGACUGGUAUAUCUGUGUCGUUCAAGGAUAUCUCCGAGAGUGGAAGAGAUCAAACGACAGAGGCUGAAAAAACGUAUUCCUUUAAGGAGUCAGCUUCAGAGGCGUGCACCAAGCAUCCUUUACAAGAUGUAUGGGUCUUCUGGUACUAUCAAGGAGACAAAAAGAAAUCCUGGCAGGAAAACCUUCUCCGACUUUGGGAGUUUGACACCGUUGAGGAUUUUUGGGCUAUGUACAACCAUACGAUUCAACCGUCGAAUCUCCAGCCUGGCCGUGAUUUCAAUCUUUUCAAAAAAGGCAUCCGACCAGAAUGGGAAGACGUCCAUAAUACUGGGGGCGGCAUGUGGUCGAUAACGCUACGUGAGCGUCGUACACGUUCACCAGAAAUGGACGCAGUAUGGACCGAGGUUGCUAUGUUGCUUAUAGGAGAUCAGUUCGACAAUCUUGCUCCAUCUGUCAAUGGGGCUACUUACUCCGCACGUAAAAAUCAGGACCGAGUUUCGCUCUGGGUGAAAGCCGAUUUCGACCGUCAUCGCGAUGAAAUUCGGGCGAUCGGUGAACGUCUUCGGAAAGCGGUACAGUUUGCUGGAAAUAAUUUUGUGCUUGAGUACGCGACUAGCGACGAUUGGAAAUAUAAGGCUGGCCCCACAGUCAACGCUCGAAUUAUACUUCACUUGCAGUAGUAAAGGGCGGGUGGUACUAGCCAGCUAUGAAGCUAACUUCCACUCAAUUCCAGUCCGGAGUACCGAUGCAAUGUUUUUCUACAACUACGGAGGAAGAGUGUUAAGUUGCUCAAUGUAGUGAAAUCGCGGAUUAUGCACGGAAUGUUCAUGUUGUACACAAAGCAUUUCGUACCUGGCGAGCAGAAGACAUUGUCCUUCAAUGAGAACAAAGUACAAUUAGCAGGGCCGUUUUGUUCCAUUAACGACGACCUAGAAAAUUUCGAGCGAUAACGACCACAUAAGAAUCUCUAGCCACUGUCGAGUAUUAUCCUACCCACCCUGUCCUAAACGCCACCAAGUAACCGAGGCGAAUCAGUUUGUGCUUCGCAUGCGCGCUUGUGUGUGUAUGUGAGGAAAAUACCAAAUUCAAAGUUAUUACAAAAGAUAAUUGUCUUUUGUAAUAAAACAGAUAGAACACGAGCAAGUGUUCUUGAUACAGAACAAGGAUGUCACUAAUUUUCAACUCAAGCGUACUAUUUAUCUAAAUAUUAAAUACAAACUGAUUGACGUUAUUAGAUAAGUCAAACACUGUUGUACUUACAUAAUAAAUUUCAGUAAACACAAUGUUGU